UUGGUCAGCUGUGUCAGAUCAGACGGAUAAGAUGUGGGGUUUAGCUAAGCUUAAAGAAUAAAAAACCAGCAAUUUCCACUUAAGGGAGUAAGCUUAGUAUAUAUAGUAACAUACUAAUGAAAGUAAUAAAUAAACUAGUAUAAAGUUCAAAUCUUUUGAUUUUCUUCACGAUUUUUUUUCAGAAAAAGGAGUGGGAAGAGAGAGAAAAAUGGGAAAACUUCCUUGUUUAUAUCUAUGUAUAUGUCUGUUAUCAAUUUCUACCGCCAUAGCCAGCAGAGCUCGCCCACUUCAAGAUAAUUUUAAUGACAAUAAAUUGGUGUUUACUUCAACAUUUAAUAAUAUCUUUGAUACUUCUAAGUAUGGCAAAGUUCAGCUCUUUAAUGGCUUGGCUCUCACUCCUCAAAUGGGGUGGAAUAGUUGGAACUUCUUUGCAUGUAAUAUAAAUGAAACAGUGAUUAAGGAGACAGCUGAUGCAUUAGUUUCAACUGGACUGGCGGAUUUAGGCUAUGUAUAUGUAAAUAUAGAUGAUUGCUGGUCCAGUGCAACACGAGAUUCAAAGGAUCAGUUGGUACCUGAUCCCAAGACUUUUCCUUCAGGAAUAAAAGCUCUUGCCGAUUAUGUUCAUUCAAAAGACCUCAAGCUUGGUAUCUACUCUGAUGCUGGGGCUUUUACAUGUCAAGUUCGACCAGGAUCGAUCUUCCACGAAAAUGAUGAUGCCAAGCUUUUUGCUUCUUGGGGUGUCGAUUAUUUGAAAUAUGACAACUGCUUCAAUUUGGGUAUACCACCAAAAAAGAGAUAUCCUCCCAUGCGUGAUGCACUAAAUGCAACUGAACGUCCAAUUUUCUAUUCCCUUUGUGAAUGGGGUGUUGAUGACCCUGCUUUAUGGGCUGGAGAGGUUGGGAAUAGCUGGAGAACAACAGAGGACAUAAAUGAUUCAUGGGCAAGCAUGACUACUAUUGCUGAUCUAAAUGACAAGUGGGCAUCCUAUGCCGGCCCUGGUGGAUGGAAUGAUCCAGAUAUGCUGGAGGUGGGCAAUGGUGGAAUGACUUACCAUGAAUACCGUGCACAUUUUAGCAUCUGGGCUUUGAUGAAGGCUCCUCUAUUGAUUGGCUGUGAUAUAAGAAACAUGACUGCUGAGACAUUGGAAAUUCUUAGCAACACGGAGGUGAUUGGCGUAAACCAAGAUCCUCUUGGUGUCCAGGGAAGAAAGGUUCACGCAUCUGGACCAAAUGAUUGUCAGCAGGUCUGGGCAGGUCCUCUGUCUGGGAAUAGAAUAGCUGUUGCUCUUUGGAAUAGGUGUCCGAGUGCUGCUGUGAUUACUGCUGGAUGGAAUGUACUAGGGCUUCAAUCUUCAGUCAGUGUUUCAAUACAAGACUUGUGGCAGCACAAAUUAAUUGCCAAAGAUGCAGUAUCGUCUUUUGGCGUUCGGGUGGAGUCUCAUGACUGUGCAAUGUACAUAUUCACCCCCAAAAUAUCACAGUUGCACUCUGCCAUGUAACUCAACUUGGUUUCUGUUGCAAAGCCUGGAGCAGCUGUUGUAUUAAUCAGGGAUAUAGAGAACUUGAGUCAUUUCCAGGUGCAGAAUGGUGAUGUGAUAUGGAUUUGGUAUAUGAUGUAAAUUUGUAAAGUGGAAUGUGAACUGGCAAACUCAUUUGAAGCGAUUUCUAAACCAAAUAUGACAUUCUUGCUCUUUUUUUAUUGGUGAAAAUCAAUAAAGCUUGUACCUUGAGAUAACAUGAAAAAAA